GCAUAUUCUUCGGGGUCAUCAAGUGUUGGAGCAACACAAGUUGAUAUGCGGCAAAAAUAAACCAAUUUUACCUGUUAUGCCGGCAGAGGGCAGUAAGGUCGAAUUUGAAGCGUGGGUAAAGACGCAACGGUUACCGUUCGUCAUCUACGCCGAUUUUGAGGCCUUACUGGAGAAAACAGAUGAUCGUAUGGGUGCAUACACCAGGACUGUGCACACCCACCAUCCCAUGAGCUACGGGUUCAUGGUGAAAUCAUCGGACGAUGUGCCCUCCGAGCUCCUCGAACGUUACGGUAUACCAUAAUCACCGGUGAUAUACCGUGGGUCCGAGGAACGCGAAGAGGUCGCUAAGGCAUUCGUGAUGGCUGUAACUAAAGUGACGCGCAACAUUUCUACAUUUUUGCGCAAAACCAACGUUCCUAUCCAAAUAUCUGUCGAAGAUGUGCGCAGGCACAGGGAGAAAACGGUAUGCGACUUAUGCCGCACAGCAUUGAAGGAUUCCAACCCUAAAGUCGCAGACCACUGCCAUUUAUCGGGUCGAUUCAGACAGACGUUGUGCAAUGCAUGUAACCUGAAAGUAAAGACGGUCAACUUUGUGCCAUGCUUCUUGCACAAUCUUUCAGGUUACGACGCGCAUUUCAUCGUCACUGAAUUGAGGUACGACGACCAAAGGAUUUCGGUCAUACCGAAUUCCGAGGAGAAGUAUAUUUCAGUCACGAAACACGUGACCAAUUACUUUUCCAUACGGUUAGUUGACACCUUCCGGUUCAUGGCCUCCUCCCUGUCCACCUUGGCGGUAACCUAAUGACGCCUGAUUUCGUUAAAUUUCGGGAGACGACCAAGGUGUUCCGUCCGGACGACAUGCCGUUAGUGACGCGUAAGGGCGUAUACCCCUACGAGUACACUGAUAAUUGGACUAAAUUGGACGAAACGGAACUACCGCCUCAAGACGCUUUCUAUAGUCAGUUAAGUGAGUCGAAUAUCGAUGAUGAUGACUAUAGACAUGCCACGGAGGUGUGGAACCGUUUCGGCUACUCAACCCUCGGUGAGUACAGCGACCUAUAUCUUAAGAUCGACGUGUUGUUGUUGGCUGAUGUGUUUGAGAACUUCCGCGACAUCUGUAUUUCAACAUACAAUUUGGACCCGGCGCACUAUUACACCGCGCCUGGUUUUAGCUUCGAUUGUAUGUUGAAAUACACCAGGAUGAAGCUGGAGCUCUUGAACGACUACGACAUGCUACUGAUGGUGGAACAGGGCAUUCGUGGUGAGUUAGUGCAGGCUAUCAAGCACUAUGCAAAGGCCAACAAUCCUAAGACAGCCGAUUACGAUCCGUCAAAACCAGACUCAUGGAUCGUGUAUCAAGACUGCAAUAACCUUUACGGGUGGGCUAUGAGUCAGCCCAUGCCGUACGGUGGCUUCCGGUGGUAUAAAGGAGCCGACCCUCUGGCUGACCUCCAAUCGUUGUCGGACACUGGUAAUACGGGGCGUAUAUAUGAAGUGGAUGUAUCGUAUCCACAACCAAAUCUCCAGUUCCAAACGUCUAAGCAAGCUCAUAAACCAACCAACCUUCAACGAUUGUAUCAAAUACGGUGAAAGGUUAUGCGCUGUCAUAAUGGACACAAAGAUUGUCAAGUUUAUCAAACCAAUAUACGUCGGUUUAGCAGUGCUCGACAUUAGCAAGACGCUAAUGUACAAGUACUUCUACGACGUAUUGAAACCACAUUAUGGCAACGCAAUCGAAUUGAUUUACAUGGAUACUGACUCCUUCAUAUACCUGCUCAAAGUCGGCGACUUCUACCAGGAUUUAGCUGAUAGCCCCGAUUUACUGGUGCACGUGGACGCAUCUAGCCUGCCCAAGGAUCACCCUUGCUUCUCCACCGAUAGAAAGAAGAUGCCCGGCCUGUUUUCAGACGAGACCGGUGGCCUCACCCUCUUUGAGAUCGCUGCACUUCGAUCAAAGUGCUACGCAUAUGACAUGGAAGGCAGCGAACUCAUCAAGUCUAAGGGGAUCCGUGGGCACGUCGUCCGGAACCAUCUGUCUUUGGACGAUUACAAACGAUGUUUGUUCGAAGACGAUGGCGAUGGCGAUGAUGUGUCAAAACGAGCAUUGGUUGGAGAGAAUGCCCGUGUGGUCAUGGGAGUUGUACGCGAUGGUGAGACUCCACCGACAUUAUCGCUGCCAUACACUUAGUAACGACAGAACGUGUCGAUCCGUUCUUUCGAGCACGAAGUACGCACUCUACGUACAACCAAGUUGGCGCUUAACCAUUUUGACGAUAAGCGCUAUACAGAAUCGACACGUUGGGUCACGGGCAUUAUGCUAUACCACCACCACCACAGGAGGUUAAUACAAAUAUAGUAGUAUUUAAGUGAUUCUCGUUGGAAAAAAAAUAUUGUUAAAAUUAAAUAUUGAAAUCAUAAUUUGUAAAAAUAUGUGUACUAGUUAUAAAUAUUUUUAAGAUUUUUUUUGUUAAAUAAUUGUAAAUAAAUGUUAGUA